AUGGCGGGCCAAAGCAUAAUGGACCGUGUUGUGGCCGCAAAACACAGCAUCUCUGGCCAGGGAUUAGCUAAGUCGGUUUGCAAAGCAACGACGGAAGAAAUUAUUGGGCCGAAAAGGAAGCAUCUGGAUUAUUUAUUACAGUGUACCCACGAACCCAAUGUGUCCAUCCCACAGCUGGCUGAUUUGAUGAUUGAGAGAACACAACAAUCAAGUUGGGUUGUGGUGUUCAAAUCUUUGGUUUCCAUCCACAAUCUCAUGAACUACGGCAAUGAGAGGUUUACACAGUAUCUUGCUUCCAACAACUGUUCAUUUAACCUGAGUGGUUUUGUCGACAAAGGAGGAGUGCAAGGUUAUGACAUGUCUACAUACAUACGAAGAUAUGCCAAAUACUUAAAUGAGAAAGCCUUAUCCUACAGAUUAAUGGCAUUUGACUUCUGCAAAGUUAAAAGAGGAAAAGAUGAUGGGCUGCUGAGAACAAUGAACACAGACAAGCUUUUAAAAACCUUACCAGUGUUACAGCAGCAGCUGGAUGCAUUGUUGGAGUUUGACUGCACACCAAAUGAGCUGACAAAUGGAGUGAUUACUGCCUGCUUUAUGCUUCUGUUUAAAGACCUUAUUAGACUGUUUGCCUGCUACAAUGAUGGUAUUAUUAAUUUAUUAGAAAAGUUUUUCGACAUGAACAAAAAACAGUGUAAAGAAGCAUUAGACUUGUAUAAAAAAUUCUUGGUGCGGAUGGAUAAAGUUUCAGAGUUCUUGAAAGUUGCAGAGAAUAUGGGCAUAGAUAAAGGUGAUAUUCCAGAUUUAGCCAAGGAAGAAGGGGAAGAUUUACAAAAAGUUGUUAUUAAAAAGGCUCCGGCUAGCUUGUUAGAUGCCUUAGAACAACACCUGGUUUCCCUAGAGGGGAAGAAAGGAGUUGCAACCACCCCAACCAGUGUCAGCAAACCAGUUGGAUUCACAUCUGCCUUGAACACAAUGACAACAAACACAUUUAAUGUCUCAGAGGCAGAGAAGAGGAGAAUUCUAGAGGAGGAAAGCCAGCAGCUACAGAGACUUAAGGAGCAGAAGGCGAAAGAAGCUUCAUCACAACAGCAGUAUCAGCCACCACCUGCCGGUACUUCUGCAACUAAUAACCCUUUUGGUGGCCCCUCACCAGCCAGCUCAUCGCAGGCCAAUAAUUUGUUUGGAGCAACAGAGCCGGCACCACCCCCAGCAGCUGCAACCAGCUCCAGCAAGCCAAGCGAUGACCUGCUUAGUCUCACAGGGAAUCCAUUCAUGAAUAGUGUCCAGACUGUCAUGGCUGCAGCUUACCCUCAGACCAGUAGCAACCCAUUUGGGGCAGGAAGCUUUCAAUCGAAUGGUUAUUCUGCAAGUACUGCUAGUAGCGCUAGUAAUGCCUUCUCAUCUGAUAUAGACUUUGCGUCUGCUUUUAGUAACGGUGUUACAACUACACAAGGAUUUGAUGCCUUUGGCGAUGUUCUUCAGCCAAUGAAUAAAGCUUCGGCAUCACCUUCUCUAGCACCGUCAACAUCAUCAUCACAGACAAAGGUGAUUGGGCAAGAUCUUGAUACCUCUCUGGCCACGCUAGCAUCUAAUCUGAAUGUUCGAGGUGGAGCAACAGGUACUAAAAAAGACCACCAGUGGCAGCCCAAAGGAGAAAGUAAGCUGACGGGAGGCAACGCAUUCCAGCGACAACCAGUUGCACAGUCAACCACCACACCAUGGGGGGUUCAGCCAGGCUUCCAGGCACCUGCUAUGAUGGGAACACCUGUGAUGUACAGCCAACCACUUGGAGUUCCUGUAGUUCCUGUAGUUCAGCCAAUAAUGGGAAUGACACAGCCAUAUGGAAUGGGCAUGGGAGUUCAUCCUGGCAUGGUCAUGCAGUCACCUGGCAUGUACGGUGCCCAGCGAAUGCCCCUGAUGGGUGGGUACCAGCAACCACGGCCCCCUCAACAGUCCGGACAGUCCAGUGACCCAUUUGGGGCAUUAUGA